GGUGCCGGUGCCGGUGCCGGGUGGGUGCGGGCGCGGCGGCCAUGGCGGCGGCUCGCUGCCUGCUGCUGCUGCUGUGCGGAGCCGCGCUGGGGCCGGCCGUGCACCUGGACUUCGCCGAGCACCGCAGCCAGGCGGCCAAGAUCAAGGUCAACCCCCGCGGCAACCUCUGGGCCACAGGUCACUUCAUGGGGAAGAAGAGUGUCAGCAGCUCCCCACACCUGGAGCCGCCGGAGGAGCCCACAGUGCCCGUGGUCUUUGGUCCCUCUCUCAAAGCCUUGCUGGAGGACAUGAUGGAGCUGCUCACCCGUGAGCUCCUGAGGAUCCUCCUGCAGGAGAGACUCUUGAAUGAGAACCAAGGCAAAUACGACCUCACGGACCAGGUGGAGCAGGCAGGAGGGGGCAGAGCAGGAGCCCAUGUGCUGCUCCCUGCCUGUGCUGGCAGAGAUCUCAUCCAGCAGCAGAGAUUGACACUGAUGGCAACAGUGGGAGUGGGAAAGCCAAGGACAGAGGAACUGUCCCACUACAGAGUGGCAGUUUGCUGCCUUCUGGCACCACAGGGAUCCACUGCCAGAGGUCAGCAAAGCAGCUUCUGUCAGAGCUUGACAGCAGCUUGGAGACAGGGCUCCUGACCAAGGUGCUGCAGAAGUAUUUAUCGAGCUGAAGCAGCAGAGCCGUGGAGGAAGAACUGCUGCGGGAUCGGCCACGCGUGGUGGUGACCGAGGAGAGCUCCGGCCGCGGGAGUUGCUGCAGCAACCUGCCCUUGCUGAUUGCUGCCUGGCAGUGCUGAUCGCCUGCACGGAAGCAGAGCCUCCUGGCCAUUUCCUCUGCCUUCUGCUUCCCUGCCUCCUGCCCCACCAAUAAACCUGCCCCCCCGCA